AUCCCUUUAACCGAAGCCAAACAAAACUUGGAGCAAUGCAGAGCACUCCUGAUGCCUCAUCCUCUGAGGACUCAUUGUGUACUGACCAUAAUCCUGAUCCCCAGGCAGGUACAGGAGUUUCAGUGGUCUGGACUCCUCUGUGCGUGAGCAGGGGAAAACCCCUCAAGAAAAAAUGCAGAAAUUAAAUUAAGCCCACAGGUUUCCUUGGAUGAUUUUGGGUUGAAAUUAAAUUGAGUCACACAUCAAAACAUCUCACUUCAGGAUCUAGUUUCUAGUCUGUUGACAUUGACCAGUGGAAGAAGGCAUUUUAGGUCAACUGCUCAAUGCUGGCCCUUUGGUCUACCCUGUGAAAUUACUGGAUAUAAUCUGCUUUGUUUUUGUCUUUCAUUAACCUAAAGGACAAGGCCUGGUGCUUGGUUACAUGUAUACUGUCACACUACAUAGUCAUGACCAAUGCAGGCAAAUAUCCUGAGAGUGGGAAGGGUUGUAGGGAAGGGAAGGGCUGAAGCAGAAUUGUGCAAGAGACCUGAAUGCUGGGUGUUGUCCUGACAUUUAAACAACACCAGGUGAAAUGCUAUGUGGAACGAGUAGAGGUCAUUGUGAUGUCAGUACGGCUCACAAUGGCAUUGUGUGACUUAGGAGAAGACACUGGAGGAGAUCCAUUCUUAACAGAACGAAGCAGAAAUAUAAAGGGGUAUAUAAACUGAAAUCGUCAGACCAGGAUAUAAGUCCAGAUCUUGACAUUUGACAGCAUGUUUCGACCAACAUUACAAUCACCGUGGAUGCUGUAUGAAAUUUAACCUGUCCAAUCCACUGUUCUCCAGAGACAAUUAAAACUCUCACUUUCAAGUGUGCUGGAUGCCAGGAUGGAUCUGAUGGAUGAAAUGGUCUCCUUCUGUUUUUAAUCGCCGCUACGGGCAGCCCGAUGUUCAGGCCCUCUCGCCCGGGAACGAUGGAACCCCGACGUUGAACGGAAGAACAUCCUCAGCGGCCUGGACCUCUGAAUCGGCCACCUCCCACCGGAGUCCGCGGCUCCUGAAGUCCACGGGCAGAGCUAGGAGGAGGAGAUUCAAUGCUGGAGGUCCCCGGCAAUGGGUCCCAGGACCCUGCGAUGUUGCUCAGCGUCGUAACCACAUCUCCGCGAUGUCGAUGCAGCAGCAGGUCCAACACUCCGGAGCACCAAACGGCGAUCCCAGAACAAACCGCAAAGGAGAAAAUGGCAGAAAGCAGCGGCUUUGAUCGCUUCGUAAAACUAAUUGCGGCAAUUAUCUGUUUGCCAUUCCUUCCACUCUGGUUUUGUUUUGUGUAUGUACAAAGACUGCUAGAAGCACCUGGAAAUGAAACCCCUGAAGCAGAGAAUACAACAAGCGAAGAAGAAAGUGGGAUUGACCACAGGAAUGCAAGACCCCGUGACUAUGCCAGACCUUCCAGGAAACCUCAGGAAUAUAGGGCGGAUAAAAGUGGCUAUCCUGUGCUGACUGGACGCCAAGGAAGACAAACAUCAACUUCACUUUAUUCCACCUCCUCAGAAGCGUCUGAUAGUGAUGACGAGAGCAACACGGAAACAUCAGAUAGAGAAGCAGACAGAUAUCCUCAGAAAGAAAAGCAUGUGGAUAGAAGCAGAAGGAGAGAUCCAACAAGAGACACACAGCCACAGGCAGCAGAAAAUGCUAUUUGGCCCGAGAGAGGAACGCCAUCUCGGAGAACAGAACCCGCACCUCGUCCAAAACCAAGAGGAACACACCCACGGAGAACAGAAACUUCCCCUUCCACCGGACGGAGAGGACAACAGCCACAGAGAGUCGAAAACAUCCCUCGUCCCGCCGAAAGAGGAAAGCAGCCGAGCAGAAAAGAAACUCCUGACGCCGCCAAGCCGAUAGCACCAUCACCUCAGAUGAAAAAGAUAUCCCAGUCGUCAUUGAACAAGUUUUAUAAUGCAGGAAAACAUUCUAAGAAGAAACCACAAGCAUCAGCAUUUGACGAAUCCGAUCAGAAAGGAGAAGAUGUUUUUACACCAGAAGAUGAGGGUGUCUCGGAACAAGUGAACAAAGCAGACAAACAACGAUCCCCAUCAAAUGAAGAGAAUAAAUCAUUCAAAAGUGAAGAUGCAGGUAGCAAAUCAGAUAAAGUGUCUGAACCUUCCCUGGAAUCCAAGGACAAAAAAGAUGUUGCCUCUGGUCAAAAAUAUAAGCUAAAAGAAAUUAAAGAUGACAUGUACAACCUGAAGUCCAUGAAAAUGAAUGUGGCAGAAUUUGAGGCUCUUGAUGUGUAUGCUUGCAAGGUUCCACCAAUGGAUUCUGUGGAGGCCCUGGUACAGAAUUUGUUGCAGUAUGCAAGCACGGAUCUGGAGAAAAUUCGAGCAAUAUGGAUGUGGAUCUGUUGUCAUAUUGAGUAUGAUGUGAAGGGAUAUCACAACAAGGACCAUUUGCAUUCUGAUGCUUGUGAUGUUCUGAAGAGUGGAAAAGCAGUGUGUGCUGGGUACUCGGGACUCUUCUGUGAAAUGUGCAGUUUUGCAGAUAUACAGUGUACUGAAAUCGCAGGAUACUCCAAAGGCUAUAAUUACGAAGUUGGGAAGAAGUUCAAAGGGGAUUCAGACCAUGCCUGGAAUGCCGUGUUUCUGGAGGGGAAGUGGCACCUUCUGGACAGUACCUGGGGAGCAGGCCACGUGAAUGAGACCUGCACUAAGUUCACCCACAAGUAUGUUGAGUUUUAUUUCUUCACACAUCCGACACUCUUCAUCAAUAAUCAUUUCCCUAUGGAGGAAAAGUGGCAGCUGAUUUCCCCGAGGAUUUCCCUCAAGAUAUUUGAAAACAUGGUGUUCAGGACAGGAGAUUUCUUUGAAAUGGGUCUGAAGUACAUCCACCCAGACGUGCAGGUGAUAUCCACAGUGAACGGAAGAGUUAUCAUCAACAUAGAGGGCCGUUCCCCAACUUUGUUCAUGUACAAUCUCGACGACAGGAAGGACUGCGCUAUCAUCAUCUUGACCAAGUACGGAAUGAAGCUGGAGGUUCUGCCGCAGAAGGUGGGGAACCACAAGUUAAAAAUCUAUGCAAAACUCUGGGAUUCGGAAGAGGAGACGUAUUCCUUUAUUUGCGCAUAUCUAGUCAGAUGCGAUUUGAUUGAUGAAAAUUUCAAGCUGCCAAAGUCGUUUCAUAACCCCAUGGGUCCCAGCUGGCUUACAGAGACCAAGGGGCUUCUGCAGCCAUCUCACCCUGAGCCCUUGAUUUACUGUGAGGACGGCAGGUGUGCGAUCAGGUUCAUGGUGAACAUGGAGCUGAGCUUCGCCAGCAAGCUGUCCGGUGAUGACGUCCGGCUGUCAGACGAGGUCAUGAAGAGCCACGUCUUCAAGACUCAGUCCGGCAACUGGGUGGAGUUUAAGAUCCAGCUCCCUCAGUCGGGCCUCUAUGUCUUUGCGAUCUUCGCAAAGGAGAAGAACAGCCGCAGCCCCACCCACGACCACAUUUGCGAAUACCUGAUCUCCUGCACCAACAAGAAUGUCCACUUGUCCAGCUUCCCCAAGAUCUUCAGCUCCUGGACAGACGGCUGUGAGCUGGUGGAGCCUCUCUCCGGCACACUGCCCCCUAACCAGCUGAUCAAAUUCAAGUUUAAGAUCCCCCAUGUGAGGAAUGUGCAGGUGUAUGGUAAAGGAGCGUGUCCACUCACCAUGACCCAGGAGGGCUACUGGGAGGGCAUUUGCAACACGGAAGAUAACAAGCACCUCAAUGUGGGCGUCUCGGAUAAAAUGUUUGACAGCAAGUUUACAUUUGCCCUUCAGUAUGAAGUGGGAGGUUUAAAAUAAUCUGACCCCGUAUUACAACCUGCCAUGGAUAACAAAAGCGAAGCUGAGCGGAAUUAAAACCAAAAAAACACAUGUAAUUCAUCUCAAACUCUGUUUUAUGGUAAUGAAUAUGUUUUAUGCAGUGGGCUUCCCUUGACUGAGGCUUCACAAGGUGAUCAAGUUAAAACUCUUCAUUUAAUACCCGGAUCUCACAGGAUGUUCAAUGAAGGAAGAAUUAGAAAUUAAAUUUGCCUUUUAUGUCUUGAGCAUGUCCAAAGACAUGUCCAAAGAGCGAAUAAAUUACUUUUGACAUGUUUUUAAUGCCGUACUGUGGGGAACCGUAAUGAACUGUGCCGUUUCAUUAAAGUGUGGCGCUUGGCUUAGUGUUCAGAGUGCUACAUGAGGAAAUACUGAGCCGGUGUCCAAUGAGGGGGCAUCAUAAGCAGGUAGAGGUCCGGGCCAUACAGGGGGCCUGGACCAGAGUGAACGUGGGCUGUCAGAUUGAAGGAGACGAGAGCUGGGAGGAGCGAGGCCACAGAGUGGACUGGGCCGCGAUCUGACAGCGCAGGGACUGUGUGAACACGAAGGGCCGUCAGAGGGGGAAACAGGAGAGCGAUGCAACGGUGGGGGGGCGGAGAGAGACACUGAGGGGAUCAGAAGAACAGGAGGGUGAGUGAGGACGAUGGGGCAACAGGAAAGUUGAUGCAAGAGGGACGGUGAGGGAGAGGGAUAGUACACUGGACAGUCAGCUCGGGCCUGCAAGGGUUGAGCUUUGUUGCAUAGAGAACACAAUGAAACUUCAAUCGAGAGAACUGGAGUAGAAAUGUGGAGGCAGGGAUAUUAUGGAAGGGCAACGCUGGAUUGGGGGGUAUCAGAGGGAGGGAUGGAGGUAUGGUUAGAAGGAGGGGUAAGGUACGGGUCAGAGGAAAGGAUGGGAACAGUGAACAAGGGGAAGGAUGGUGUAGUCAGAGAAAUGAUAAAGACAGUGCACAGAGGGAGGAAUAGAGAGGUAAUCAGGUUUCUGAAACAACUCCACGUGCAACAAAUGCAUGCCUUGAGCUGUGACAAAACAUGGAACAGCACAGUACUGAAACAGGCCCUUUGGCCCACGACAUCUGUGCCGAACAUGAUGCCAAAACCAACUCUUAACUGCUUGCACAUAAUCCAUAUCCUUCCAUUCCCUGCAUAUCCGUGCCUAUCUAAGUCUCUUAAGUGUCACUGUUGUAUCUGCCUCCACCACCACUCUAGGUGCAAGUUGCAGGCACUUAACACCCUCUGUGUAAAAUCACUUUAAAACUAUGGACUCUAUGGAGCUAUAGUAUAUGAUAUUUCAAUCCUGGGAAAAAAGGUUCCGACUGCCUACUCUGAAUGAAUGAGUGAAUGAAUAUGUUUAUUGGCCAAGUAUGUACACAUACAAGGAAUUUGCCUUGGUGCUCCGUUCGCAAGUAACAACACGACAUACAGUAAACCAUUAAGAAAAAAACAUAAACCAUUAAGAAUAAAACAUUAUAGUUUAAACAUGUGAAUGAAAUAAAAUCCCACUACAGGCUACAGACUUUUGGUUAUUGAGUAGAGCUAUUGCACGUGGAAAAAAGCUGUUUUUAUGUCUGGCUGAGGCAGCUUUGACAGUCCGGAGUCGCCUUCCAGAGGGAAGUGCUUCAAAGAGUUUGUGGCCAGGGUGAGAGGGGUCAGAGAUGAUCUUACCUGCUCACUUUCUGGCCCUUGCAGUGUACAGUUCGUCAAUGGGGGGGGGGAAGGUUGCAGCCAAUAACCUUCUCAACUGAUUGAACGAUUCGCGGCAGCCUCUGGGUGCCGUGCUUGGUGGUUGAGCCAAACCAGACCAUGAUGGAGAAGGUGAGGACAGACUCUACGAUAGCCGUGUAGAAUUGGACCAUCAUUGCUUGUGGCAGAUUGUGUUUCCUCAGCUGCCACAGGAUGUACAUCCUCCGUUCGGCCUCUUUGACUGUGGAGUCGAUGGUGGCCUCCCAUUUGAGGUCCUUGGAGAUGAUGGUUCCAAGGAACUUAAAAGACUCCACAGUUGUGACUGUGGUGUUGUUGAUGGUAGGUGGGGGCGAGGGGAGGGGGAGCUCUCUUAAAGUCUACUAUCAAUUCAAUUGUCUUAAGAGCAUUGAGCUUCAGGCUGUUACAAAGGCACCAGGAUGCCAGCUGCGUCACUUCCUGUCUGUAGACAGAUUCCUCCCCAUCCUGGAUCAGCCCAAUCAGGGUUGUGUCGUCCGCAAAUUUGAGAAGCUUGACAGAGCAGUCGUUGGUGUAGAGAGAGUAAAGGAGAGGGGUGAGUAUCCAGCCUUGCGGUGCUCCUAUGCUGAGGGUCUGCGGGUCCGAGAUGUGCUUUCCCAGCCUCACAUGCUGCUUCCUGUCUGUCAGGAAGUUGGUGAUCCAUUGACAGAGGUGUUCUGCAGAAGGACAUCUUUGCUCCUAUACUCGACUCCUCUUGUUAUAAAGGCCAACACGCCAUUCGCUUUCUUCACUGCCUGCUGUACCUGCAUGCUUAUUUUCAUAGACUGAUGAACAAGGACCCCCAGAUCCCAUUGUACUUCCCCUUUUCCCAACUUGACGCCAUUUAGAUAGUAACCUGCCUUCCUGUUUUUGAUACCAAAGUGGAUAACCUCACAUUUAUCCACAUUAAACUUAAUCUGCCAUGCAUCUGCCCACUCCCCCAACCUGUCCAAGUCACCCUGCAUUCUGAUAGCAUCCUCCUCACAGUUCACACUGCCACUCAGCUUUGUGUCAUCUUUUUGCAAAUUAUACACCUUUAUAAAAUCAACCAUCAUUUUCCUCCACUCCAAGUCCUGGCCUGCUUAAUUCAAGUCAAGUCAAGUUUAUUCGUCACAUACGCAUACGAGAUGAGCAGUGAAAUGAAAAGUGGCAAUGCUCGCGGACUUUGUGCAAAAUGACAAACAAACAAACAACCAAACAGAAUCACAUAUUCUUUACAUAUUAAAUAUUGUGGGCGGAGGGAAAAAAACGGCAAUUUUAAAAAAAAGCAGUAGAGUGAUACAGUAAAAGUUAGUCCCUGGUGAGAUAGGAGUUUACAGUCCUAAUGGCCUCUGGGAAGAAACUCCUUCUCAACCUCUCCGUUCUCACAGCGUGGCAACGGAGGCGUUUGCCUGAUCGUAGCAGCUGGAACAGUCUGUUGCAGGGGUGGAAGGGAUCUCCCAUGAUUUUAUUGGCUCUGGAGUUGCACCUCCUGAUGUAUAGUUCCUGCAGGGGGGCGAGUGAAGUUCCCAAAAAUGCGUUCGGCCAAACGCACUACUCUCUGCAGAGCCUUCUUGUCCUGGGCAGAGCAAUUCCCAAACCAGAUUGUAAUAUUUCUGGACAAGUUGCUUUCCACAGCCGCUGAGUAGAAGCACUGGAGGAUCCUCGGAGACACUCUGAAUUUCCUCAACCUCUCCCUAUAGCUAAGGCCCUUGAGUCCUGGCAAUAUCCUUGUAAAUAUUCUCUGCACCCUUUCCAGCUUAAUAUCUUUCCUAUAACAGGGUGAGCAAAAGUGAACACAGUUGCCUCACUAACGUCUUCUACAACGUAGCAUGAUUUCCCAACAUCACUCAAUACUUUGACUGAUGAACGCCAAUGCGCCGAAAGUUAUAUUGACCACCCUAUCUACCUGUGAUGCCCUGACUAUGUACCUGCACUCGUAAAUCUCUGUUCCACAACACUCCGCAGAGCCCUGCCAUUCACUGUGUAGAUCCUGCCCUGGUUUGACUUCCCAAAAUGCAGCACCCCACAUUUCUCUGUCUUAAACUCCAUCAACUAUUCCUCAGCCCAACUAUCUUCACUAUACACAAUACCGUUCACUUUAGUGUCAUCUGUAAACUUACUAAUCAUGCCUUGUAUGUCAUUGAUAUUGAUGACAAACAGCAAUGGGUCCAGCACUGGCACACCACUAGUCACAGACCUCAUUUCCAGAAAACAACUUUCCACCAUCACCCUCUGCUUCUUUCUUUGAAUCUUGUAAAUUAUUUUCAAAUCACACACCGCCCUGACUUGUAAAUAUAUCAUCGUUCCUCGAACGUUGACGGCUCCACAUCUUGGAACUUCCUGUCCUGGGCUGCACAAUGGCACAGCGGUCGAGCUUCUGCUUUUAUUUGACAUCUGUAAAUUACCCCUAAUGUCUAGGAGCGAAACUGGGAUAAUGUAGAACUAGCGAAUGUGUUGCUGUGGAC